ACCGAUCUGUUCGCGGCGUUAAUAUAUUCGUGUUUCCGCUGUAUUGGUCCGAAAUGGCACAACGCAGUGUCGCUGCCCAGUGGACUCUGAUCGCGCAAAGCUGCCGGACCGCACCACGAUGUCGACCGCUUUGCGGGCAGAGUUCAAGUUAUGUACAAUCGAGACACAUGAGUGCUAGCAUACCACUUGCAAUGUUCGCCUCACGCAAAGCGAGCGGCCCGGUCUGUACGAUAGCCAAGUUGCACUCAAACCGAACAUGCUGGCGACACGUCCGAAACCUCAAACCAGCCCGGAACUUCACAACCACAACCUUCCGACUACACGGCGAUCUCAUUCCACCCCGACCUGGUGAGGAGCGACGGAUCACGUUUAUCGACAAAGAAGGCCAGUCACAUACGUUCGAAGUCGCAGACGGCGACAAUGUCCUGGACAUUGCGCAAGCGAACGAUUUGGAGAUGGAAGGCGCUUGCGGAGGCAGCUGUGCAUGCAGCACGUGCCAUAUCAUAGUACAAGACGAUGAUCUGUACGACAAGAUGGAGGAGCCGAGCGAUGAUGAGAACGAUAUGCUGGACCUGGCGUUUGGGCUGACGGAGACGAGCCGGCUGGGUUGUCAGGUGAAGAUGAGUAAGGAGUUAGAUGGGCUUGUUGUCAAGCUACCCUCAAUGACUCGCAACAUGCAGGCUUCUGACUUUGCGGAAAAGAAGUCGUAGCCACUUUUCAUCGUCUAGACACGUUACAGUACUGUACAGUAAACGCACAUACGCAUAGCGACGGCGUUGCAUUGGCAUAUUGUACAUCUAGCGAACAGUUACGCAGCUUAAGCCAUUCAGCCCAAGACCUGCUGUUCCGAC